AUGAAUAGAAGAAAUCACACAAAUGUGUCUGACUUCAUCCUUGUGGGAUUGACAGACUCUGAAGAGAUCCGGCUGGUCCUCUUUAAUCUCUUUCUUCUGAUAUACCUGGUUACUGUGCUGGGGAAUGCAGGGAUGAUACUGAUCAUUCGCUUGGAUCCACAGCUGCACACCCCCAUGUAUUUUUUCCUCAGCCACCUGUCAAUACUUGAUCUCAGUUACUCAACAGUCAUUACCCCUAAAGCUUUAGAGAACUUGUUGACUGCGAAGAAAUAUAUUUCAUAUGGGGGUUGUUUUACCCAGAUGUAUUUUUUUAUCUCCUUGGCUGCCACUGAAUGUUUUCUUCUCUCUUCAAUGGCCUAUGAUCGCUAUGUAGCUAUCUGCAAACCUCUACAAUACCCAGUUAUUAUGUCCACUACACGGUGCCGCUCACUCGUCACUGCAUCUUACGUAUUUGGCUUUAUUGACUCCAUUAUCACUGUACUUGGCAUGAACACCUUGCAUUUCUGUAACUCCAAUGUAAUCCACCACUUUUUCUGUGACACACUUCCAAUAUUAGCUCUGUCCUGCACUGACACACGUAAUGCUGAGAUCAUAAUAUUAAUUCUUGCUAGUUCUACUUUAGUGGCAUCUCUCAUCACAGUCUUUGUGUCCUAUGUGUCCAUUUUUUCUACUAUCUUGAAAAUCAAUUCCACAUCAGGAAAGCAAAAAGCCUUCUCCACCUGUGCCUCUCACCUCCUGGGAGUCACCAUCUUCUAUGCUUCCAUGAUUUUUACCUAUUUAAAGCCACGUAGUUCCUACUCCUUGGGGAAAGACCAAAUAGCCUCUGUUUUUUAUACUAUUGUGAUCCCCAUGCUGAAUCCACUCAUUUAUAGUCUUAGGAACAAAGAAGUGAAAAAUGCUCUCUGUAGAGUUGUGCAGAAGGCAGGGAGUACGAGGCAUUUAAGAUGA